UGACGGUUAAUAGGAUCAAACAGCUCGUUGUCCAGGAUAUGAGGAGAAUGCACGUCGUCCGUGUGUCUACUCCAAUUACAAGGAUAUAAAUGGCUCCAACGCAAUAAAUUCCGAACAGAGAAACCCCCAAUGCGCGGUUCGCGUGCUUCAUACAGUAGCAAGGUUUAUCGAUAGCACGUACAGUGGCCAGACGAACUCAGCAUGAUCUCGCUUUGCCUCCGUUUACCGUUGCUGCUAAUCACGCUCUGUGCGGGAAAAGCUCAAUUGUUACAGAAGGAAAUUUUCGAAUCUUAUAAAAACUUCAUAGACGCAAGUCCUUUAGGAGUUGAAAGUUAUGAAUUUGUAUUAUUACAAAAUGACUCCUCAAAUGCGUCAGACAUUUUGGUACACCAGCUUCGAAUAUUUGAUGAAAAAUUUACACUGAAAUUUAAAAGAUUAAAAGACGUAGAAAGCAACGCUUUGAUUGGUUCACUCGUCGAGAGUGCGGAUGUCAAAAAUAUCGACUGUUAUUGGUCGUUGGAUGCACCACAUACACGCAAUGCUAGCGCAAUUUUAAAUACUUGUAACGAUGAAAUGUUUGCGGUCGUGAACGGAUCAAAAGCCUCUUAUGUCAUUGAACCUGUCUCCUCAAGUGAAGAGCGUGGAAGACUUAUUGUGUAUCAACUCACUUCAAACGUACGACCAUGUAUUGCACUGGAAGCGGCUUCUCGGAGGAGCUCUCAAGACGCUCAAAAUUAUCGAAGAUACACACGGGCAAUCAAUACGCAACCGACUAUUGAAGUUCUGCUUGUGGCUGAUGAAUCAAUGGUAAAAUUUCACGGAAAUGAAUCUGUCAGACGAUAUGUAUUGACCAUUAUGGCCAAGGUUAAAGAAAUCUUCCGUCACAGUAGCCUCGGGCUGCGCGUGAAUUUAGUGCUGUCAAAUCUAAUCAUCUUGACUGGUGAAGAGGAGAAUCUCUUCGUCAGCCAUAAUGCACAUAAAACAAUGCGAAGUUUUUGUCAAUGGCAGAGUGAUGAGUUUAAUCCAGGCGGAACCGAUCAUGACGCGGCUAUUUUGCUAACGAGACUCAACAUCUGUUCGGAUAAGGACAAGCCCUGUAGUACCGUGGGAAUGGCUUAUAUUUCUGGAAUGUGUCAAUCCCAUAGACGAUGCAGCAUUGCCGAGGAUACUGGCCUCGAUGUAGCGUUGACGAUAGCACACGAAUUGGGCCAUAACAUUGGCAUACGUCAUGAUGGCUAUGGCAACGAGUGCGCAGAUCAGACACGUGACAUACCACACGUGAUGGCGUCGACGUCAUUGAAAGCGAAUAAAAGGGGAUUAGCCCAGUGGUCGAAAUGUAGCAAGAGAAUGCUCAAAAAUUACCUGAGGCGUUCAAGUAGCUGGUGUUUGAGAGAAACCCGCAGCGGGACAAUUAUUCCCCUCCCUACCACCCUCCCUGGUGUAACAUUCAGCGCCGAUGAACAGUGUAAGCAUCAAUAUGGAAACCUCGCCAGACAAUGCAGACGAUAUCAAUAUCGUCUAUGUCGGGAACUCUGGUGUGAAAUAGAGGGCGAGUAUUUCUGUCGGACAAAGUUGAGCCCAGCGGCAUUUGGAACCGAGUGUGACAGUGGAAAGUGGUGUAUGUAUGGCAACUGUGUGAAUAACACAUCAGUGUUAGAAAAACAAGAUGGCGGGUGGAAUUCCUGGGGGUCCUGGGGCAGGUGUUCAAGGUCGUGUGGAACGGGUGUUUCAAUCAACCGCAGAGAAUGUGAUAACCCCAGGCCUAAAAAUGGUGGAAGAUAUUGUCUUGGGCCACGGGAAAGAUACAGAUUGUGUAAUCAGAUGGAAUGUCCAGCGAACUCCAAAGAGAUCAGGACAGAACAGUGCGAGUCGUUUAAUAAUCAAGUAUACAAAAAUAAAUCAUACUCGUGGAAGCCUUUGUUGAGUAAACAUAAGCCGUGUGUAUUAUUUUGUACUCCGACAACUGAGGAAAGAUUUUCCGUACAGUUCGCGUCAAAGGUUAUUGAUGGAACCCCGUGUAUGCCCGGGGGAACUGAUCUGUGUGUCGACGGCAAAUGUCACAGAGUUGGAUGCGACAAUAAGAUCGGAUCUGAUGCAAAGGAGGAUAUUUGCGGGGUUUGUCGGGGAAAUGGAACAACUUGUCAGAAAAUUGAAGGAAUUUUUAACCAACUUUCAGGAUCAGGCUAUGUUGAAGUUGCAGUUAUUCCGGUUGGAGCCCGAAAUAUUCAAGUGAUGGAAACUAAGCCAUGUACUAGCUUUCUAGCGCUAAAAGGCAGCUAUGACACAUAUUACGUCAACGGUAACUGGAAAAUACAACUUCCGGGCCAAGUGGAUGUCGAGGGAACAAAAGUUCUCUAUGAUCGAAAGGGAACAUGGGAAAGGCUGAUCGCAAAAGGUCCAACAAAAGAGCCUCUUCAUGUCAUGGUGUUGUAUCAUGGCUAUAAUCUUGGAAUCAAAUAUAAAUAUUCCAUUCCAUUGCCGAACAAAUCAAAUGACGAGAACGCCAUUUCUCAUAAAUCUCCGAGUCGCAAAAAAGUUAACUACGGUUGGAUCAGGAGGGGGUGGGAGAAAUGCAGUGUUGUGUGUGGAAAUGGUGUGCAGAAAAGCCGCAAAGAAGAAUGCGUCAGUUUUCUCGAUGGAAAGUUUGAAACCGUCGACGAAAAAUUCUGUCGUGGGGCGACUAAACCAAAGCAACGGUUUCGUGUUUGCAGCGAGCAUCCUUGUCCGAUAUGGUGGUCCGUGACACGAUGGAAGAAAUGUAGCCGAAAUUGUGGUUCCGGGCGUCAACACCGUCUCGUGUUUUGCAUGAAACAGCACCCUAAUGGCACCAUUGCAAGAGUAUCCAAUGACAUGUGUACCAAGGACAAACCUUCAUCGAAACAGAACUGCUAUGUGAGGAGCUGCAAAGUGAAAUGGGUCACUAAAAAAUGGUCGAAGUGUUACAGUAUUUGUGGCAAAGGGUAUCGUUUCCGUGUCGUUCGCUGCCCGCUGAAAGGUCUGUGUGAUGCUAAGACUAGACCCGCAAGCCGGAAGGUCUGUUAUGGAGAACCGUGCUUCGUCUGGAAUGCGGAAGAAUGGGGAAGUUGUUCACGUACUUGUGGUUACGGAUACCAACUACGAAAAGUAAACUGUGAACAUAAACUUACCAAGAAAUUAGGAGGACCAUGCAAUCGUUUAAGAAAGCCUUACGAAAUCCGUCUGUGUAAAAAUUUACGGUGUUCAGAUGUUUAAGGGUGCUGCAAAUCCCUCACAAAUUUAACUAAUAUCUCUUCCUAGUAACGUCCAUUUCCCCCUCAUAUAAUUUCAAAGCUUGGCACUGUAUGCUUACAUUAUUCCAGGAAAAGUAAAGAAAGUCUGUGAGCAUCAAGUAUUUCCAGACCAUGUCUCUGAGGGGAUAUCUAUUCUUACGGUUUGACUAUCGUUUGAAAAAGAUGAUAAAGACUCCUAACAUCCUUGCUUUCCUAAGCUGUUCUGAGGAAGAGAUUUCGUUGCUUUCCAAAUAAUUAGGGAUCAUAUUUAAGAUCUAGGAAUUAAAGAAGGAUAAUGGUGUAUUAUAGUACAAUUAUUGAAAUAUGUUUGCAAUGUAAAAUAGAUAGGAAAAAUAUUUGUUAAAGUAUAUUCAAUAUUUUCAAUAUCUUUCAGUCCUCACCGCUGAUAUUAUAAAUGACUGAUAGGAAUAAAACUUCCAGUUUAACAUCUUAGUUCAGUUAAAUAACUUUUAUUUUAAAAAAAUAGAAAGAACACAGAACAAUGAAAGAAUUGUAACAUCAAAAUAUAUUUAUAAAGUUUUCAGCGUUGAU